UUUCAAAUUUACCUUCAUUCAAUCAACAACCAUUUAAAAAAAAAAAUCAAUCAAAAUGAAAUAUUUAUUAAUUGCAAUUGCUGUUUUUGCCACUGUUACUGCUGAUGUUUCACAUUUAGCUGGUCAAGAUGGUUAUAAUUAUCCACAUGUUAUAGAAGAACAUCAUCAUCAUGAAGAAAUACCAACUGCUAUACAAGAAUCAUCAGAAUAUUUGCCACCAGUUCAAGAUGCUAUUGUAUCAGAACCAGCUGCAGAACAAAUUAUUGAAGAAAUUGCACCAUCUAGUGAAUAUUUACCACCACAACAAGCAGCUGUAGAGCAUAUUGAUUCUAUUGUUGAAGCAGAACCAGCUCAUAUUUUAGCUGAUGAUGGUUAUCGUUACAAAACUGUAAAGAAAUACAGAUACAGACAUAGAUAUUAA